UAAUCGUUUUAUCUUACUGUACAUGACACUUCGUACCUUCCGCCAGCUUUUGGUAUCAACCAUGUGCGUUUCACCUGCGUGUCACAGUGUCAGAAAAAAAUGAUUGAAUACAUCAUUUAAAGUUCAAUAUUUGUAUCGAUCGUAACACUGCUUUUACAGAAAAUCAACAGAGAAGGCAUAGGAAUAUAAAAUCACCUUUGUAACACAAAAAUGGCCUUCAGGGAAAAUGUCAUGAAGCGGAUUAAGAAUGCUUUCACCAGCGUCUCCGUGAUUACCUACGCACUCGUGGUAAUUUUUGGUACGGGUUCGUGGAUAGCGGUGAACGGACUUUGGGUUGAGUUACCCAUGAUUGUCCAACAAAUUCCUGAAAGCUGGUCUCUGCCGUCCUACCUGACAGUAAUAAUCCAACUGGCAAACAUAGCUCCGGUAGCUUUUACGCUGGGAAACAAGUUGUACCCUCGUGUGGUCCACGAGAUUCCCGUCAUUUACAUCAGCUUGGGUAUUGGCACGGCGUCCUGUGUUUUACUGGCAUUUUUCUGGAAGGAAACGUCGUACAUCGCUGGAGCUGAACGAAGCACAGCACUUUUAGCUCUGUGUUUCUUUCUUUCCAUGGUUGAUUGUACCUCGUCUGUUACGUUCCUACCAUACAUGGCAAUCUUUCGAGAAGUUUACAUGAGCCCAUAUUUCGGAGGCGAAGGAUUGAGUGGUCUUUUGCCGAGCCUAGUGGCAUUAGGACAGGGCGUGGGAGGAGGUACCCAUACCUCUUGUCCACAGGCUCCCCUGAACACUACAAAUGGAACUUCAGCCAACAAUACUGACUCUCUCCCUGGUCCAAACUUCCCUGCUGAGGGGUUUUUCUUGUUCCUGGCUGGGAUGAUGUUAGCAUCUGGGUUGGCCUUUCUUGGGUUGAAUCACCUUCCGAUAUCAAAACGGCAGCAAGCAGAGAAGAACUACGAUGAAAAUGGCCAAGAGGCUCAGAGUUUUGAACAAACCAUGGAACUUGUUUCCGUGGAAGAGCAGAAGGACAGCAGGCAAAAUUCAUAUGAUCAAGAAGACCAUGCAAUGGAACGUCUGUCAGCAGGUGGCACUGUGUUCCUCAUGGUGAUAUUAGCUUUAGUCAGUGGCCUGAGUAACGGUGUCAUACCAGCCAUCCAGUCAUAUGCCUGUAUUCCUUACAGUUACUACAUCUAUCAUUUGACCCUCACUCUGUCCAAUAUUGCCAAUCCUGUCACCUGUUUUGUGUUUCCAUUUAUUCGUACCACGUCAAUGCUGAUCAUAGCAGUGCUUAGUUGUAUCUACUUUGGAAUGUGUACCUACAUUCUCACUGUGGCAUCACAGAGUCCAAAUGUGCUUUUGAGAUGUGAUGAUUCCGGUGCUGCCUUGAUAUACAAAUGGCCUUUUAAAAUUCAUUCUUUAUUGGAAUUAUCUUUGAUCACACAUAUUUGCGGAAAAGAGCAGGGAAAAGGAGAUCUAAGUCAACUGUUUUGGCUUUGGAUUGAUAUUCCUGAACUGGUGGAGGACUCUUAGGAUACAAGUUACUGAUUGCAGGCUGACAGUAGUCAUCAAAAGAUGGUUUUCAUCAGUGUCAGUGCUGUUGCUGUGGUAACCUAAGUCAAGGUUGCCAUUGGAGGAAUCAUGCGUGAGAAAGGUCGUAAGC